AUGCAUGUGCCAAGUGUGUCGUUUGUCGACUCGCAUGUAUUGUGCACACUCGCUGUAGGACGUACAUCUGCCCUUGUGGUUGAUGUGGGGCAUUUAGAGACAUGUGUGAUGCCAGUGUACGACGGACGUCCCAUGCAGAACCUUAUCACAACGACGCCACGUGCAGGUCGCUUUCUGUCGCGCACACUUCGCGCGCUCCUGGCACGACACGCGGAGACUACGGCACCUAUCGACGAUGUUUUGCAUCCAUCAACGAUAGAUGAGGUACAAACAAGGGCUCUUCUCGUAGGUGAGCCUUGUACCUGCUCGCGAACGACGGUGUCGCCGCUGGAUGUGGACGCAUUUGCUUCCGAGUAUGCAAAGCACGCCACAAACACCAGUGCAUGGAGCCUUCGGGUACAUGGCCAAUCGGUACUUCAUGUCCCUGGAUGGUUGCGUGAGCGUGCCUGUGAAGUGUUUUGGGAGCCUGGGGACGAAGACGAAGCAAGUGUCGUUGAGUGCGUAUGGCAAUGCAUAUCACGACUACCCCUUGAUACGAGACGCGAAUUGCUCGGCUCCAUUCUACUGGCCGGAGGUUCGAGUCUGAUCCCUGGAUGGACGCAGCGAUUUGUCCAAGAGCUCCAGAAGCCCGGACUCACCUCAGCUUUGCAGUAUGGCGCGGCUUCUAUGCCCACAGAUCCAACCCACGCGAUGCGUGUGCAAGUACUUAACGCUUCCGCCACAUACAUGCCAGCCAAUGUCCUUGCCUGGUCGGGAGCAAGCAUAGCAGGACAUCUGCAUGCCGAAGGCACGACGGUAUGGACGCGCGAUUCAUGGAAUGCAUAG